UACGGCCUUGUUCUUUCGAUUCCAUCCCGCCAACCUCGCCUAUAGCUAUCCUCCCCACGCAGCCAGACCACAACGACGACCUCCAUUUCCCUUCGCCAUUUGCAGAUUUUCUUUUUGCUCAUCGCCUUCGCUCUAACCACGGCCAAGCCCUUCUUCGACACUUUGUUGAGAGUUUCAUUGCUGCAGGUUGUUAUUGUUUCAAAAGUUGGGUUUUAGUGCCACGAGCUCCGCCCUCCGCAAAGCAAGCACGCCACCACAUACCAUCUGUCUGGACGAUUUUGCCUUCAGGAGUGCAGCGAUCUACUCUUUUGCCAAUAACCAUAAUGUCUUCGUACUACUACAACGUACACCACCAGCAGCCAACACCACCGGCGGCAUCGGCGGUCUCGCACAGCCAUCAUGGCGGCCGGAACCGGAGAGCGCCGAGGCUAUCCGUCUCGCAGAACCCCCACAAGCAGUUCCGUGGUGUCAGAAGUAUGAAGGAGCUCACCGAGUCGGUAUCUCUAAACAGCUUCCGCAUGAAGUUCGAGGCUUGCCGGUCCUUCGACCUCGAGGACGACUUGGAAUUUUGCCCCGGUUUGUUGACAGAGAGCGAUCUCGUCUCCAUACACAGCUCAUCGUCGGAGCGAUCCUCAUUGGCGAGUAACUCGCCACAAAGCUCGCCAACACAACAACCCACUACUGUUGCGCCGGCCUUCUCGCUUAACUCCACCUCGCCGGCGUUUAUCCCGCCGCAAUACCAAAGUCAACACUCGGCCUUGAAACUCCACCAACCAUCGGCCACACGCACACGUAAUGCCAUCCCCAUCAUCAACCCUGCCACCGGCAUCAGCAUGUCGAGCCCGCCUCCAUCAGUGUCGCCCGCUAGGAUGCAGCAGCAUAUCGGUCGGCGAUGGUAAGGUGUCGAACGUCUCGUUUCUGUGGCCACUUGGCGAGACCGAGGCAUCUUCACCGUCGUCGCCGUUGCAAUUAGGUUACACAGACCCACGUGCAUUCACUCGUUAAUGCAGCUGUUCAUCUUGGCGGGCACCGACAUCAAGUAGCAGGCAUCGAUAUCUUUCCCCUAGCAGGCAGGGCGACAACCACAAUACCGAGACCUACCAGGGUCCUAGCAUCCCGGUUGGCGACACUCGACACCUCGACCUGUACAAACAUCCUUAAUCGACAUAUGCUCCUCUUUCAAGGCGGAAAUUUGACAUAUUCAGAUGGCGCGAUGAAAGACGAUUGAUACCUCUUCGUUGUUGUUUAUUCGAACUACCAAAAACUUGGUGCGGUGUUCGGCCUCGCAAGACGGAGGCUGCAUUUUUCCCUAAUUGGACGAACGGGCGUUUUCAC